CAUGACUGGAACAUUCCUGCUGCUGAGAGUGAGAGAGAGUGAGAGAGAGAGAGAGAGAGAGAGAGCGCCGCUGUCACUGUCGCUGCUGAAAACAGGCCGGAGAGCGAGGCUGAGGAUUUAAGCGAGUAGCGAGCCGGAGAUCAGCGGGCGAGGCCGCCGACAGAGGAGCCUCCUCUCAGCAGCUCCACAGCAGGACUGGACUGGACUGGACUGGGGCUUCAUCGUCUACAGUGGAAACAUGAGCCGCGCUCUGCGGGCAGCUGCUCUCGCCGCCGCAGCUCUGCUGGGUUGGUUGGCUGUGGCACACGCUGUGUCAUUCGAGGUGAAGGAUGGGAAUUCAACAUGCAUUAAAGCAGAGCUCUCUGCCAACUUCUCCAUCACGUAUACCACAGCCAGUGGAACGAAAACGGUGAUUGUGCCGCUGACAGACUCAGCAGUAGUGGGCAGUGGUAGUUCCUGUGGAGGCUCUGGGGUCUCUCCAGAGCUGCUGGCAUCCUUUGGGGAUGGUCACUCUCUGGGCCUGGUCUUCUCCAAGGAUGACCGUCUGUACAGAGUUUUAAACCUAAGCCUGACAUACAACCUGAGCGACAGCACUAUUUUCCCCCUGUCCUCCAAAAAGGAAAUUGUUACCUUGGAAACGAAGGCUACAGGAAUCUCGGCACAGCUUAACACCACCUACAGAUGUCUGAGCUCCAGCUCCAUCCGUCUUGGCUCCGAGGUCACCGUCACCUUCUCAGACGUCCGGAUGGAAGCCUACAUGCCCAGCGCCAACCUCAGCUCCAAAGAGACUGUAUGUUCAGCUGAUUUUCCUGCCACAACUGCAGCACCCACACAGUCACCCACAACCGCGCCGACCCCUCCUGCACCCGGCAACCCAGAGGUCGGAAGCUACAACAUCACCAAUGUGAACGGCAGUUUGUGUCUUCUGGCGAAUAUGGGGUUGCAGCUUAACGUUACCUAUUUCUCAAAGUCUCAGAACAAGACUGUUAAGGGAAUAGUGAACCUGCAGCCCAAUAGGACGUCUUUCACAGGGUCAUGUGAGGCUGCAACUGUCACUCUGGUGCUGAUGUAUGACCUCACCAACCUCAGCUUCACAUUCACGCUGAAUGACACCUCCAAUAAAUACCACCUCAGUGCUGUGAACGUGUCUGCUGCCUGGUCAGAUAUGAUGGCUCCAUUUACUGUGAGCAACAGCUCUCUGAACUACCUGCAGGGCACGCAGGGCCGCUCCUACAUGUGCACAGCUGAGCAGACUCUUCCUGUGACAAACACCUUUUCCCUCAACACCUUCAAACUGCAGGUGCAGCCUUUUAAGAUGAGUGGCAACAAGUUUGGAACAGCUGAGGAGUGUCAGAUGGACAAGGACAACAUGCUGAUCCCCAUCGUUGUGGGUGCUGCCCUGGCUGGCCUGGUCCUUAUCGUUCUUAUAGCAUAUCUGAUUGGCAGAAAGAGGAGUCAUGCAGGCUACCAGACCAUUUGAACUCCACCAAGACCACCGCCGCCAGUCCUUAAGGGAGGAAAACCAUUGCUACUAUGGACUGACUGGGACUCUGCUGACAAAAGACUGGCCUGUCUGUGUGUGUGUGUGUGUAUGUGGGCAUGAAUGAGUGUGUGUACAUUGUUCUUCCACUUUUUCUCUAUCUGAUCCCCCCUAAUGCUCUUUGAUUACUCAAGGAGAAAAAGAAGCAAAGUCACCUAAUUGUUACUAACCACUGUUUUUAGUCCUGUCAACACAAACCUUUUGUAUCUCAGAUUAGAUCCCAGGAAUUAACCUGGAAUUUCCUCUCGUUCGAUUUCUCGUAUUGUUUAAUCUUGUCUAUCGGUCCUGGCUGAUUAGCAUUGUACCAAUGUCUGUCUGUUUUUUUAAAGAAAUUAAUAUUUGUGUAAAUACGCAUUCUACCUUUUUUAAGUUAUAAAAUUACUAAGAUUUUUUUCUUUUUACCAGAGAGGGACAGGGUGGCUUUGCGCAAGUCCUUUCCCAUCCAGUCUUCUAUUUCAGCCAUAAACUCCCUCUUAACUGGCAUUAUACAGCCUUGAACCACCAGGCUCAAGUGUGUUUAGAAGACUGGGCUGGAAGAGCAAUUUUAAUCUAGUAGCAUUCUUAAAGUUGUAGCUUUGCCUCUUACCCCAAAGGUAGUCGUGCAGCUAUUUGGUGUCUGAAGUUUAAACAAAAAUGCACAGUACAGAAAAAGUCAGAAACUACACAUGGAUGUCUCCUUCUCUGUAUAUGGCAAAAUUGUAACUUUAUCUCAAGAUAAUGGCUUAUUUUCUUAGGAUUUUGACAUUCUGAUAUGCAGUGUUGAAAUAAGGAGUUAUUGAAUAUUAAGAAAUUAAGAAGGAGCAUGUGUUAAUUUAAAGAAAUUGAUAUAUUGAAAUAGGCAUUCUACCUUUUGAAGUUAUAAAAUGACUUUGGUUUUUGUUUUUGUUUAACCAGAGAGGGAUGUGGUGGCUUUUCCAAUCCAGUCUUUUUUUUUUUUUUUAAGAACUCUGUUCUCUGUAGAAAGUAAGUAAUGUGGAGAUGAAUCCAAAGAGGACAAGAUGAAUAUUAUUCAGGGAUCCAUAUUUGGACACAUUUAGUCACAAUUCGGAGAAAAUAAGUUAAUAAUUUGAUGUAGCAAGUCAAAAUUUUGGGGAAAAAAGUUGAAUUUUAAGAUACUAAACGAUUAUUUUGAUGAAGCAAAUUGUCUUGACAGUAAAAUUUGAGUGCAUAUCAUUAUUUUGACGCAAGUGUACGUUUUAAUAAAAUGUCAUUGUUUUGAAUUAGUAAGUCAGUAUCGGGCAAAAAUAAUUGAUGAGCUUCCAUGCAAGUGUGUGUGAUGAGUUAGACAUCGUUUGUACAAUGCUAAUAAGCUUCUAGUACUUUAACUACAUUAGCCUCGUAUCUCCAAUGCAAUUCUAAAGACACCAAAUAGAACUUGGCUGCUCAGCUACACGUUACAGAAGCAAAAUGAUCUAAAUUUGCAGCAAACAUAUUGCUUUGAUCUGCUCCACCAGUAAGUAAACUGUGUGAAUGAAGCCCAGGGUUUAGGAAAAGCGGUCUGUAGGUGUGUCUGGGUGAGCACAUCUUUGAAGGAGAAACCCAAGCUAGUGAGACCGAGAGCGGGAUCAAAUGACGAGGGCGAACAAGCCCCAGAUAAAUAAUUGAUGUGCUCUUCUAGUAUUAUCAUGCGUUAGGGAACCUGCUGCUUUAGGUCUCGGAUCUUAUUCUCGCUCUGUGUCCCUCUUCUCUCGCAGAAAACUUUACAACUGGACUUUCUCAGGUUGAUGUAAGGGCCUGGAUACAUUGAGGAGUCACCUGAAGUCGGGAAAACUAUUGAAUCUAAAGUCUUCAUUCAUUCUGCUUACGGUCUACAUUGACCCCAUAGUUCCAUGUGUCAGUACUUUAUCCCUAACAAUUAAACAGGCUGUUAUUGUGCCUUCAAGACUCUUAUAUGCAAAUGAACUAGGUUCUGAUUGGCUGCUUUGUAUUGUGCCGUUCAGUCAUUCAAGAAACAGUCCAGGCUGAAAUGCUCCUUAUUACCUCAGUGUGGAUGGGUGAGGCUAAACUUUUGUAGGCUGAAUAGGUGGAUGGUGGAAGCAGGCUGUUUUUUUCAGCAUAGCUUCCAUAAAUGGACAGUAUGGAGUGGUGCGUUUUAUCAAAUACUCAAACAAACAUUCUGUUCAGCCUCUGUCAGCACCUUUGUUUUUACAUGGCAGUUUGUCCAGCGCUCCUCAACGUAUUCAGGCCUUUAAUGGAUCAGGAGGGGACAAAUAACUUGUGGACAAGCCUGCUGGGUUAAAAACAUUAUCCAAAUAUUUUUUUCUGCUUUGUUUUCCUUCUUUGCCUUUUGUUGCUUAAUGAUGGUCACCUUGACUUUUCUGGAAAUUACAGCGAAAAGGGAAGAUUAUGAGCAGAUUAUGACACCUGUGUUGUUAUAUCCCAGCCCACUUUCACAGGAUUUACCCGCUCGUCAGUCUGUGCAUCCUCCUCCAGGAUGUGAAUUCAGCACUACAGAAAUGUAGAGGAUUUAAACAUUCAAGUCUGACUAGAUGAUGAUGUAAAAUAUUUACUGCCAAGGUUUUAGCUGCAGUUUAACGAGGUUAAUAAACAGACACAGUAUGACAGAUGCACGGCUGUAUGCAAAAGCUUGGGCUCUUUUGGUUAAAUGACUUACUAAGCGAAAAUAUGUGAACGCAUCCUGUACAGAGAACAUACUUUAAUGCGCAGUUGCUGUUUUUUUGCUGAAUUUUAUUUGCUGGAAAAAAUUCAAACAUAAAUUGCGGCCUGUCCCAAAGUUACGGCACAUUUAAUAUUUCAUGUUUUAUUUUUUUUCCAAUGUGUUUAACUCAGAAAUUGUGCAGAAAAAUGUCACAUUUAGGUUGGUUGUCUAAAGAAUUCUUUCAGGAUUUAAUAGUUUGCUAUAGUGCAUACAGUUGCAUGCAAAAGUUUGAAGAACCUUUGUCAAAUUCCACGUUUUGUAUUUUAUGUUUGUGAAAAUAACUCAUUUUCUACAUGAAACAAAUUUAAAUAUAGCAUUUCUGCAGAUUUUAGCGCACACUUGCUGUAAUAUAAAGUUCUUUCGAAGAUGUUAAACUCAGUAAUUGUGUAUUAAAAUCUGAAAGUGUCUUCGUUGUUGGGGAUGUGUAACUUACUUAGAAAAUCAACAAAACUUGCCAUUUGACCAGGGGGGUGCAAACUUUUGCAUAUGAUUGCACAGUACGUUUCAAAAGUCUGAGACCACUAGUGAAAAUGCCUCCAUUUUGCAUUGUUUUCUUAAUGAACAGAGGGUUACAAAUUAUAUAAUCAGCAUAACAAUUUGAGUGAAAAGAAGAAUCUUUGAAAUAUUUGCUUUGAAUUUGCAUCGACUUUGCUGAAAAGCCUCUGUGUAGAUCAAAGAACUAGAUGGAAGAGAUCAUCCAUCCAUCCAUUUUCUAAGCCGCUUCUCCGUCAGGGUCGCCUAUCCCAGCAGUCUUCGGGGGGAAGGCAGGAUACACCCUGGGCAGGUCGCCAGUCCAUCGCAGGGCAGACAGACAGACACAGACAGUCUAGAUGGAAGAGAUGAAGCUAAAAAAAAAAAAUCUGAUCUUUUUGUCAGAAUGUCUUAAAUUUGCUUGAAUUUGAAAACUGACCUAAAACAAACUGACCCAGUGAGUCUUAAAUGUUCUUUAUUUUACUUGUCAUAACGUUUCUUACUUUGAAGUCUUUCAAAAUUCUAAAGCGUCCUGUUAGUCUACAUGUAUAAAUGGUAAGAAAAAUCUCAUUUUCAUUGUGGUCUCAGACCCUUGGACCCCCCCCUCUAUAAUGAAACCUUCCUUGGUGAAAUUAUAGCGCAGAAGAUAACUGUAAAAUAUGAUUGUAUGUGCUUGCAGAGCAGUUAAUUUCCUUCUGUUUUAUGUACAGCAGAUGAUGCGUAGGUAUGAAACAAGAAUUGUUGGAAACGUGCUGUUGCAUCUCACCCGAUCUGCUUUGGAGUGGUUAUACGUUGCAGUGAUUUGACCUUUUUAUUUUUGUAGUGUUUUUUAAAAGCAUCUUGGUGAGGUCAAUAAAUGGGUUGAACAUUUCA